UAGAUUUCAAGAAUCGCUGCACUCUGGGUGAGACAAUGACCCGUGACUGUGACACUGUCAGGAUUAGGCUUUAAUGAGGAUUUCAUGAACAGACAUUGUUCAUUUUAGAGCUCAGUUGUUCACAUUUUCCGUGGAGUUUCAAGUGACAGGUUUUACUUAAUUUGGAAGCGUUUCAAAGCAACUGUUUGACUUGAUACAGAGUCAGCAAUUUCAGUUGUGUGUUUUACCAAGAAUAAUGGACAACAGGAGUGUGUCAAUCAAGUGACUAACCUUGUAUAGAGACCAUUGUGUGGGAAUGCAGACCUACAGGUAAUUGAAAGCUUUUGGUGGGUGUGGGCUUGGCUUGUGUACCCAUCAGCAAUGGUAGUUAAAGGUGUAACCAAAGUGAGUAUAAGAGGGAGGGGGGAAUUGGAGGUGCAGCCAGAGGGAGAGCCAAAGAGGGUGGAAAUGACGGAGGGGGCGAGGUUUUAGAGGAAAGGGAAAUGAAGGAGUAAGUAAGAUUGUGCCUGCAACACAGAUUCACUCUCUCAGAAUACAGCUGACAUUAAAAGAGGACAGACAUGGUUGGAGACAAACUGGAGGACAGAACAAGGAGCAAGUGAGAAAAACAAGAAAUCAACCAACCUCAGCCUGCUUAUCUUUUCCAUCUAUAUACGGAAACCACUGGAUAAUUUAUAAGCCUCUCCCUCUCGGUCUGUGUUUGUCUGUGUGUGUAUGAGAGAGAGAGGGGGGAUUUGCUGAGCUCACCACCACCAUGCUGUGUCCUGCUGCUGUCAGUGCAGCUGCUGCUGCGUCUGUCUGGCUGCUGGCAGUGCUGGGCCCAGGCCUGUCUCUUCCAGCUGAGGACAACUCAGAGCCAGACUUCAGCCUCUGCAGUCACUGCUUCUACAGACAGACACCUCCUCAGGGAGCUUCUGCAGGGCCACUGCUGCGCCCACUGUGCCACAGACUGCCCAGGGGACAGGCGUUUGCCACUGUGUCUAAGCCGACCUGUGACACAGCUGUCUACUCUGCCUUCCAUCUCAACCAUGGAUGGACAAAGAGAGAGGGAGAGGAGGAGGAAGAGUCUGGGACAGAGGAAGAAAACAACAUUGAAGUAACAGUACCAGCUCUCCUCAGAGGAGGCGGGGAUCCAUCUCAUCCUGCCUCUCCCACAGGCUCCCCUCUUCAGCACUGGGACUCAACAGUCACAACACUGGUUCAGUCAAGCAUCAGUCCUCAGUGCAGUACUUUAGGGGGGGAUCUCUACAUCCUGACCGGGGCGGGAGGUCUCGGGGCUACUGAGGACGGAGAUGAGGAGUGUCAGAUGAAGCCGCUGUGGUCUGCAGUGUGCUGCGCCGUCCCAGAGGGGAGGGGUGGCUUCAGCGUGGGGUUAAUCAGAGAGACGGGGGAAGGGGAGAGGCAAGUGAGCAUGAAGGAGCUGGAGGAGAUGCUGGGAGUGGCAGAAAUGUUCUCCGAAGGCUGUGGACGAGCAGAUGCGGAGACAGUUGGAGUUGUAGCAGGUCUUCACAGUGAGGCGCAACCUGGAAAUAUAGAAAAGAUCAGUGCAAAUGCUCAUGGAGGAGAGAGGGGCGAUAAAGAUGUGGAUUCGGAUGCUGCUGGUCGAGACAUUGAAGGGGAGACUACUCUUGAUGCUCAGCAGGAGGAAGCUGAUGAAGUUUCACGGGAAACUUCAGCAGAUGCAGUGAAAUCAGCGAGCAGCAGUGAAGAGCGGGGUGAUCUGAGGCGUUCACGAGCUGUCAGAUCAGAGUCUCCUGAGUCGUCAGCUGACUAUGAGCCCGUGGAUGAACGAGAGACAGACACAAAUUCCAGCAGCACUCUGGUCUACAUCUUUUCCACCACCAUGUCCAUUCUUAGAGCUCCGCUUUGCCCUGUGGUCUCCACAGUCACGCGGUUACCUGGACAGGUGACAUAUGUUCUUCAGGAAGACCUUGGAGUUCUCUCUGCCCUGCCUGGAGAUGCUUUCUCCCUGCUCCACCUCUUGACCUCUGACCUCUUGGCCUGGAUGGGCUCAGCAGCAGACAUGCUGCUGGGUGUGGGGGAAACCUGCUUCUUCAGUGUCUACUACUGCACCUCGUCAAUGCUGGGAGCCCUGAUGAGCAGCUGCCACACUGGGGUCACCGGCAUGGGGACCCUGGCCGGUGACACAGUGGGGGUAUUUGGUGACGCGUUGGAUAACGCCUGGUGGGUGACCAAGUACUUUGGAGGGCGUCUGUGGGAGCAAAGCGAGGGUUAUGCAGAAACGAUGAUGUCAGAGAUGGGGGGUCAGGCCAAAGCUGUAGGUGGAGGGCUGGGGAAGCUGGCAUGGAGAAGUGGAAAUGGAGUGGGAAAUGUGUUUAGGCUGGGAGGGGGUUUAAUAAUGGGGAUGGUGGAUAUGCUCUUUGGUGCGGUGAGAGAGUCAUUUGGGCAGGAGUCAGAGUGACGGAGGAAAGGACCAGACUCCAGAUAAGGCCAUCGGUAACAAACUUUUUCAACUGUUUUCUCCAGUAUGGGAUUGUAAGUUUUUUCAGCACAUGGAAGCGUGAAAAAAAGGAAAAACAAUGUGAAGGUUGAUGUCGUUUUAUCUGCCUUAGUUGUUACAGAAAGAUUGCCACAUGUGAAUUUCAAAUUUCUUUCUAAUGUAGGUCUUACACUUCACCGUGGAAAGCUGGGUGUUCAAAUAAUUUGCUGUAUUUGAGAGCUGACCCAACUGUGAUUUAAAAAACACUGUGCACACUGUGCUUUCGGAUGUAUUUGUUUAAGACUACUCCUGUAUGAUACUUGUUGCAUGUGUACAUUUGAAUAA